UGCUCUCUGUCUCUGUCUCAGCUUUGGAGACAACACACUGUGACUUCCCAUCAUCAUCAUCUAGAAACAACAUGUUCAAGAUUUCAAGACUUCAUUAACCAAAAUAAACCCAGGAGGAGGAGGCUGGUGUAUCUGUAGAACGUUGACGCAGACAAAUACUAAUAUCUCAGGGUUGGGAGCCAUGGAGACGAAUGGGUCAGUGAUGUCUCUGAAGGAUGAAGAGAAGACUCGUCUGAGUUCAGUUUCCAAUGAAACUUCCACACGCUACGGUUCCAUAGCUGACAGCCUUCCUACUGAUGAACCAUCCACAGUGGAGACAACAGUCCUCUCUCCACGACGCUCCUAUAUAACAGUAGCUGUGCUCUGUUAUGUCAACUUAAUCAAUUACAUGGACCGAUACACAAUCGCAGGGGUCCUUCUCAGUAUCCAGAAGUUUUUUGAUAUAACUGACAGCACGUCUGGACUACUACAGACAGUUUUCAUCUGCAGUUUCAUUAUUUUGGCUCCAAUCUUUGGGUACCUUGGCGACCGCUACAACAGGAAGUUCAUCAUGAUUGGCGGGCUGAGUGUGUGGGUGGUGAUGACCCUGAGCAGCUCUUUUGUCACAGAAUCGUAUUUCUGGCUGCUGGUGCUGUUGAGAGCCCUGGUGGGGACAGGAGAGGCCAGCUACUCCACCAUCGCCCCUACCAUCAUAGGAGACCUGUUCUCUGGAGCCAAGAGGACAGUCAUGAUCUCUGCCUUCUACAUCUUCAUCCCUGUUGGAAGUGGUCUGGGAUACAUAAUAGGAUCCUCUGUUGCCAAUGCCACUGGAGACUGGCGUUGGGCCUUACGGCUCAAUCCCAUCCUGGGUUCCUUGGGUCUGCUCCUGCUGGCUGUGUUUUGCCCCAACCCCCCACGAGGGGCCUCUGACGGCCAUGGAGGAAGUACCAUAGAGCACACCUCUUACCUGGAGGACGUCAAGUAUCUUCUGAAGAAUAAGAGUUUUGUGUGGUCAUCACUGGGAGUUACUGCCAUGGCUUUUCUGACUGGAGCUCUGGCCUUCUGGACACCCAUCUUCCUGAGCCGAGCUCAGGUCGCUCAGGGCAUCCAGCCACCCUGCAACACUGAACCCUGCGACACCUCCGACAGUUACAUCUUUGGGGUCGUGACGGUGGUGACGGGUAUUUUAGGUGUUUCGUUGGGCAGCACCAUCUCCAGGAAACUGAGGGACAGGGUGCCCAACGCAGACCCCCUCAUCUGUGCUGUGGGCAUGCUCGGCUCCGCCCCCUGCUUCUUCGCCGCCAUCGUACUGGCGUCUACAAGCAUCCCUGCCACUUAUGUGUUCAUCGGCAUUGGGGAGACUCUAUUGUCACUGAACUGGGCCGUUCUAGCUGAUAUCCUACUGUAUGUGGUGGUGCCAACCAGAAGAGCUACAGCUGAAGCUCUGCAAAUCAUGGUCUGUCAUCUCCUAGGAGAUGCCGGAAGCCCUUACCUGCUAGGAUCUAUCUCAGACGCUCUGCGUACAUACCAGCCUGACUCUCAUACGCGGAGUUUCCGUAGUCUGGAGUACAGUUUCCUGCUGUGCCCUUUCGUAGGGGUCCUGGGUGGGCUCUUCUUCCUCAUGACAGCCCUCUACAUCACAAAGGACAGGAAGAACGCAGAGCUACUCACUGCAGGGGUGUGUGAUCCAGUAGAUCCUCCUACUCGGUUUAGUGCCAUGGCAGGCUCCACAGAUUGCUGAGGUGAAAUGGGAUCCUUGGAGGACACUCGGGCUAGAGGAAGAUAUGUUAGGUUAGAUGUUGUUAAACUGAGAGUUGGGGUGAUCGUCUGUAGUACCCCAGACCACUCUAUAUGAGAAAAUAAUGCAACGGGUAAAACGGUUUCCAAAGCUGCACACUGAUCCAAAAGAAAAUGAGUUUGUGGUCCAUCAUACACACAACUGUUGUUCAAUGAUGUGCCUUUUAUUGCAAAAAAAAUGUACACCCAUUUUAUAA